CUUCCCACGCCUGCGGCCCGAUGACUUUGAGCGGCGGCGCCACGGCUGCGGACCUGGUGCGCCCGCGCGUCGGCCGAGUGCACGCACAGCCAUGGGGAUCCUCCGCGGCCUGCGCCUGGUGGCCGGAAAUUGUUUUAGGCUGUAUGAAAGAAAUGCGUCUUCGUCUCUAAGGUACACCAGAAAUUCGGAUUUGAAGGCAAUAAAUGGAUUUUGUACCAAACCACAAGAAAGUCCCAAAACUACAACCCACACAUACAGCCAUCGAGUGCCCUUACACAAACCCACGGACUGGGAGAAGAAGAUCCUGAUAUGGUCAGGGCGCUUCAAAAAGGAGGAAGAAAUCCCAGAGACGAUCUCGUUCGAGAUGCUUGAUGCUGCGAAGAACAAGGUCCGGGUGAAGGUCAGCUACAUAAUGAUCGCCCUCACAGUGGUGGGGUGUAUCCUGAUGGUCAUCGAGGGCAAGAAGGCUGCUAAGAGAAACGAGUCUUUAACCAGCUUGAACUUAGAAAAGAAAGCUCGUCUGAGAGAGGAAGCAGCUAUGAUGAAGGCCAAGGCAGAGUAGAAGGAUCUAGAUUUCAGUCCAGGAAUAUGCAGCAACAACAAGCCUGUAUUAAACGGAGGAUGUGGUGUGAGAUUUACACCACAAACAUGUUUUGCACAAACUUAAUGCCAUUUCCUUCUUUCCGCUGUGGAGAAAUAAAUUGUCUUCAAGAAGAAUGAA